CCCUGCAUAACAAUGGUAUUUAAUUUUCUUAAUCGAUUUGAUAUCGAUUGUAAUGUUAAAAGCGUUACUCUUGUUGCAGUUUGUCUUCUUAUGUUUAAUGUAGUUGUGCCCUACUAAACCCUUAUUGUUUGGUGGACUGUUUGGUCUUUCAAGUUGGUCUAAUCGUGUGUGAUUUCCCCUUAGUUUUUUUCAACCUUAACUUCAUCGAAACCCUCAGUCAAGGCACAUUUCUGCGCUCGAGCUUUCUUAUGUUCAGAAACCCUAAAUCUCUAUGGGUGAGCGACGACUGAAACUAAAACAUCCCAUUUGGAAGAUGGGUAUCCUGCCUCCAAGUACUAUCUUCCACCCACAGAGCAUUAACGACUCACGGCGACAGCUGAGCUACGUGAACUGUGGAACCGGAAAUCCAAUCGACGAUUGCUGGCGGUGUAACCCUAACUGGCAAAUGGACCGGCAGAGACUGGCAGACUGUGCCAUUGGCUUCGGCCGCGGCGCCCUCGGAGGAAAGAACGGCGAAUACUACCUCGUUACCGAUUCAAGCGACAACGAUCCAGUGAAUCCCACGCCGGGCACCCUUCGCCACGCCGUCAUUCAAACAGAGCCCCUCUGGAUCAUAUUCCAGAGCGACAUGCUCAUUCAGCUCAAGGAAGAGCUCAUCAUGAACAGCUACAAGACAAUCGAUGGCCGGGGGGCAAAUGUUCACAUAGCUCACGGCCCCUGCAUCACUGUCCAGUAUAUAACGAAUAUAAUCAUCCACGGCGUUCAUAUUCACGACUGUAUACCGGCGGGAAACGCCAUGGUGAGGGACUCCCCUGUUCAUUACGGUUACAGGGGCAUAUGUGACGGGGACGGCAUUUCCAUUUUCAGCUCGAGUUUCAUCUGGAUCGACCACUGCGAGCUCUACAAUUGCGCGGACGGCCUAAUCGACGCCAUCAUGGGUUCUACUGCUAUUACCAUCUCCAACAACUACUUCCAUCACCAUAAUGAGGUGAUGCUUCUUGGUCACAGCGACAGCUUUACUGGCGACAAGAUAAUGCAGGUCACCAUAGCAUUCAACCAUUUCGGCGAAGAUCUUGUCCAAAGGAUGCCUCGAUGUCGUCAUGGAUACUUCCAUGUGGUAAACAACGAUUACACGCACUGGGAAAUGUACGCCAUUGGCGGAAGCGCGAAGCCGACUAUAAACAGCGAAGGCAAUCGAUACUUGGCUCCUUCAGAUCCCAAUGCAAAGCAGAUAACCAAGCGGCUUGAUGCAGAGGACAGUGAGUGGAUGUACUGGAACUGGCGAACGGAAGGAGACCUACUGUUAAAUGGCGCGUUUUUUGUCCCGUCAGGCGCAGGGGCAGCUGACAGCUAUAUGUUGGCCUCUAGCCUCGGAGCAAAGCCCGCUUUUCUGGUCGGAACCUUAACUGGGGACGCCGGUGUUCUUCGGGACGGGGUGAAAACUGGAAGCGGAAGUAACGACAGUGGAAGCGGCAGUACGGGAUUAGAGGGCAGUUCGGGGGGGCGCGUAACAGUGUCAGGCGCAGAGGCCUUGUCGCCAUUGGAUCGUAUAAUAUACUAUAUUACAGUCUUCGUAUGCCUCUGCCUUGUAUUGAGACUAUAGCUAUAGGUACUUACCGGUAAAGGGAGGUAUAUGAUCCCUACGAUCCUCUCGAAUGAGUGGAUCGAGGAAAUUUUGGAUUCCAUUAAACGUGACGCCGCUGUUCAGAGGGGAAAAGUUUAAGGAAGGAAUACCUGUGCGGUGUGGGGCAGAAUACAUUUUUUUUGGUCCGUCGGUCAUAAUUGAUGCGAAGGGGACACAAUUCGCCGGCCAAUAAUGGCGAAAUCGAGCAUAAUGCCAAUUCUUUGUCACUCUCAAAUGUUGCAGAGAGUCUUUGGCAAGAUCUUUCAGCAUAGAUCACAAAUUGUUUCUUGCGAUGAUCUUUCAAGGAUCAUCACCAAUUGUAUUUUAAAGUCUUUCAGGAUAGAUUAGAAAUUGUCCUUUUGUUAAUCAAGCAUUUGCCCGUAUGUUCGAGGAGCAGAGUUUUGAUCUCUCCCGAGCGGCGGUCUUUGUCCAUCGCGAAACUGUAAAUGAGAUCAAAUAACGACCAAAUGUUGAUUUGAUUAUUUAAAAAAUAUUAAAAAAAUAUGGUACUAUUGGGUUUUUUUUGUUU